AACACAACAUCAAAACUCUCUUUCUAUCAUCCAACCGUCACUCCCAUUCUAAAAUUCCCUCUCUCUCUAAGCUUCUGCUCCUGAAGUUGGAGCUCUCUCUCUCUCUCUCUCUCUCUCUAGAUUGUAGCUUCUCUCAUCCUCUCUUAUCUUCUUUAUUGUUGGCUUAACUCACUCAAGUGUAAUCUUGUCCUCUUCAAUUCAAGAUGCACAAAAAAUGGGCUUUGAAAUAUCGACUAGAACAAAAUGGGGAUCAGCUCCUUGAGGCCCCAGAUGUUAACGCUGAGAUUAUCCCAAAUGCAGCCAUUGAUCAGCCCCUUGAGGUCCCAAAUGUGAACCCUGAGAUCAAAAAUGCAGCCGAUGAUCAUUCCCCUGAGAUCAUUGAUGUCCCCUCUGAGCUCAUUGAUGUCAAUGUUGAUAUGCCUAAUGCAUUUAAUAAGAAGAGGUCUCUAGAGGCGGGUGAGGACGACUCGGACUAUGAGCCAAACAAAAGAGGCCGUAACGAUGAUGUUGAUUCAUCACAAGAGAUCAAGGACACAGACUCAGACACCGAUUCAUUGCAGGUAAGCAAGAGCGCAGAUGCAGACACCGCAGGAGGCUCAAAGGCUGGAUCACUUUAUACGAAUGAACAAAGUGAUGGCUUAGAAUAUGCAAUUGACAAAUAUAGAAAACUUGGGCUCAAAAUUGGUCCUGAAAUGUGGAAACGUAUUAGGUCGGAUCGAGAUUAUUCCACUUUACUAAAAGGUCGGACUGACAGUUCUUUUCGAAACAGACAUAGGUCUAACAUAGAGAAAGGGAGAAUUCCUCCUAUUAAGAAGGAAAAUGAAAUUUUUGAGAAGCAUGGGUUGGACAUUGCUGCACACAGAAAGAUGAUCCAAGAGAAGGAUAAGAGGAAUGAGGAAAAGGUGGAGAAGGAAAAUGAAAAUUGUGAGAAGCAUGGGUUGGACAUUGCUGCAUACAGAAAGAUAAACCAAGAGGAGAAUAAGAGGAAUGAGGAAAAGGUGGAGAAGGAAAAUGAAAAUUCUGAGAAGUAUGGGUUGGACAUUGCUGCUAUUAGAAAGGUGAUCCAAGAGGAAAAUAAGAUCAAUCAAUCAGUUAUUGCCAAGGAGGUCACAAAUUCUGUUAUUAACAAACUCGCUCCUGAGUUUGAUGGGACGAUUCAUAAGGCUGUAAACAAGACACUUGGAAGCCUUUUCACUAGUCUGUCCAAGGUUUAUUCUGAGAAGUGAUGAUGUGGUGCUUAAUGUUCUUGCUUCAUGAAACUUUUUUGCUGUAACAUUACCACUUGAAGAUGUGGUAAGGUUUACCAUGCUAUGUGAAUCUUGUCUUUGCUUGUAAGUUGUAACUAAUACUCUUCUAAAUCCAUUUUCAAUACUUAGUUUUCAUGUACACGUUAAAGUACAAUUUAGUAGUUUACAGUAUAUGUGUAUUACUGUCAACAAGUAUGUCAAUUUUGAUAAAUGGAUAAAUGGACAGACAUGUAUAGUCUAACCUUUGAAAAGUGGCAAGGUUGGAUAAGUAGACGCGUUUCCUUCAACUUUCUCGCAUGCGCAUCAUUAAUCCAGGUUACAUUUUUUUGUUUUGUUUUUGAGGGGACCUUCUUAGCUUGUUAUUU